AUGGAGAACAAUCAACAACUGAUAAUGGAACCCAUUCAUUAUUUGGAACAUAAUCAUGAACGAGAAAAACAAAAGCAGAAAUAUGAACAAGAAUAUGAGAAUAAACAAAAAUUUAACCAGAAACAAAAUCAGAAUAAGAAUGAUCUGAGUAAUUCUGUGAUAUCUGUCGCUCCAAUGCUAGAUGUUACUAAUACUCAUUUUAGAAUGUUAUGUAGGAUUAUUUCAAAAAGAACCGAAUUAUGGACAGAAAUGGUAGUAGAUGAUACAAUAAUACAUUGUUAUAAUGACGAGACAAGACGUGCGACUCUGGAAUAUGUACAUUUUCAGAAAAAUGAGUCCGAAAAUCCUUUGGUGUUGCAACUAGGUGGUAAUCAUCCUGAGAAAAUUGAAAAAGCAAUAGAAAUAGCUUUUAGGUAUGGAUUUAGAAACUUUAACUUGAAUGUAGGGUGUCCAUCCUGCAAAGUAGCUUCUAAGGGUAGUUUUGGAGCAUCUUUAUUUAAAGAUCCCCUUAGAGUGGCCAGUAUAGUAGAUACAUGUAACAAAAAGUUUAUAGAUUUAGGAUUAGUUAAUACACGAAUAUCAAUUAAAACAAGAAUUGGAGUUGACCAAUAUGACACAUACCAACAUUUGUACAAUUUUAUAUCAUUAGUAUCUGGUAUUAAUGUAGAUAACCAAAAUAAGUCAGAUUAUGUUAGUAUAUUUCCAGAUACACAAGAUGAGAGAAUAUCUUUAGAUUACAGUCCAAAUAAUUUUAUAGGAGCAGAUACAUUUAUAAUACAUACUAGAAAAGCAUGGUUAAAUGGGAUAAAUCCUAGUAAGAAUAGAACAAUUCCAAAAUUAAAGUAUUAUUGGGUUUAUAUGUUAACUUUGGAUUUUCCUAGCUUAACUUUUAUUUUAAAUGGAGGAGUAACAAGCAUAGAAGAGUCUAUUUCAAUAUUAACAGGAGAUUGGUAUAUGAAAUGGUAUUUGGAUUUUAAAGAUAUUAUUCAAAAUAUUGAGAUAGAUUCAAACAAAACUAAGAAGAUUAAAACAGAUAAUGAUAUAAUAGACGAUCAUUCAGAAAAUUCUACAAUAUUAAACUCUUCUAUUGCAUUGGAUGAUUACUAUAUGGAGAAGAACAAGGCUGAGGAUUAUGAAAGAGUAUACCAAGCAAUUAGAUCUGGAAAAUGGAUGAAUAGGAUAAAAGGAAUAAUGAUAGGAAGAGAAGUGAUGAAUAAUCCAUUUGUGUUAUCAAAAGUGGAUAGUAUGAUAUAUGGAAUUAAUGAAACUUCUGGUACUAGAAUAACUAGAAGAAUUGUAUUAGAAAAAUAUUGUGAGUAUUUGUCUACAAUUAAGCCAAGAGACAUUCAAGAUUCAGGUAAAUUUACUAUAGGAGAACUAAACAUGUAUUUGAAGCCAGUAUUUGGGUUGUUUCAUGGAUUCUCUGGUACAAAAUACUGGAGGAGAACUUUAUCUGAGUUUAUUCAAAGGUCCAAGAAAGAUGAUACUUUUUUAGUUAGAGGUCCUAGAGAGAUUCUUUUGCAGUCUCUGGAUUUAUUUGAGAAGGAACAUUCUGAUAUCUUAGACUUAGUUCCCUGA